UGCGCAGUAGAAUCCUUUGAAACCUGCAGGCCGGGGGGGAUGAUAGAGUCGACGCACUAGAGGUGAGCUGCACUGGUGGCUGCCAUUCCAUCGACAAUUUGAUAAAUAUGUCUGUCGUGCUCUCCCGAGCCCUGUCAUACAUCUGCUCGAGCUUGAACAUCACCGUGCACGGCUCCUUUUGCCCAACUGCCGCCCUGGUUCGACUGCUGCUGGCCAUUUGAACUACUAGAGGCGCAGCACUAAAGUUCGCUCCCACCACCCGGCAGAACUAGUCACCAUGUCUCUACUUGAGCGUGCUAUUCCUCCACCUCAUCUCCACCAAGACAAAUCAACAUCGUGGCCGUGCUCCUACCAACCUCACCACUACCCCGCGCCAACUUCUUCGCCUGGCCCAAUGUCUCCUCAGUCGCUUCACUACAUGUCCCGCAUACCUGAAAGCCCGGAUCCUUCUCAGGAAUUCCACAACUUGCCAGCAUCUGGCUGGUAUGGCCCCUCUAUUUCGGCCCCAGAAUGCAACAACGAGGCUAGCUACACCUCAUACUGCCAAUAUAUGCCUCCACAUACCUCGUCAAUCACCCUUUCUUCGCCGAGGCUUGCCCUACAGUAUCCAAGGUUACCACCAUCAUCAAUGUCUGCUACCCCAAAUGAUCCACCAGCAGUCACCACUUCUCCAGUUUCCGCCUACUCUCGAGACUCUGUAUUACCCGUUUCUGCUCGCUCGUCGGAAGAGCCGCAACCCGAUCUGAGUCGUGCUAUACAGCAACCAAGAACACAGUUGAGAGCACAUUCACGGCUUAUCGACCGUCCUCAUAGUAGCUCAGGCACGUUGCAUUCCGCUCCAGUCGAGGUAUCGUGGUCCAUGAACCCCCUCGGCAUUCAUUCCUCUCAUGAUCCUUAUUUUCCGACUUUCCCAACAGCAAUGAUUCGCAGUCCCCGCCUAAGCGAGCCGCUGGUAGAGCUUCCCUCAAACCAUUUGACUUCACCACAGUCUCGACGUAUGUAUACGCCCAUCGCUCCCCAACCUGUGGAGGUACCAAGGUCGCAUGGAGUCAAGAGGUUUCGGGAGGAGGAUGACGAGGCUGUGGAUGGUGUCAAACGAAGGCAGCGGUCAGACUCCAACGCAUCUGUACAGCCAGAGCUGAGCGAGGAAGACAAGCUACUCCUGCAGCUCAAGGAAGAAGAGUCCAUGCCGUGGAAAGACAUUGCAGCCCGCUUUCAGUCCGACCUGGGUAAGACUUACCAAAUUCCAGCUCUCCAGAUGCGCCUCAAGCGACUUCGAGAGCGGAUGCGUGUAUGGACCGACACAGAUGUUAGAGCUCUGCGCAUGGCACACGAGCACUGGGCGCAAAACAAGUUCGACAUCAUCUCACAAAAGAUGGCUGAAUUCGGCGCUCAAGAGAAGUGGACAGCCCGUCAGUGUGCGCGCAAAUGGGCCGAGCUCGACCCUACGCCAACACUGUACGCACAUUACGAGCAACAUGUCCAGCAUGGCUUUGCUCCUUACGCAAUGAGUCCGAUCGAGCCACCGCACGGAUUCUCACCCUACAUGAACGUUCCGUAGAGACUCUCCUUGCGACUUCAAACCCCUUACAUUACUGUCAUGGCGCGGCGUACGGUACGGCUGCAUGCAGGCGUUGCACAUAUCCAUUCUCAUGCUACUUUGAAUACCCCUGGCCGGUUGUUUUUCUUCGCUUUAUACCCCCGCUUUUGUAUAUAUAAUUUUUUAUCUAGCCUCUGACCACUUUAUGCUUACCGGAUGCGAUUUUCGUUUACAUAGCGCAAAAAGUCCAACCCAUAUUUCUUUUUUCUCGUUGAAUACUAGC